GAAUAUGGGAAGUUAAAAUAUUGAAUGCCCUUUUGCUCCCUCAUGAAUCAAUUUAUGAAGAAAUAAAUUCAGUAGAAGACGCAUGGAAAGCUAUUAAAGAAAUGAAGGUCCGAGGCGCACCCAUGAUUGCAAUUGUAGGUUGCCUCAGUGUCGCUGUCGAGCUACGAAAAGAAAACUUUGAUGGCAUUGAAAGAUUUCGAGAAUUUAUGAACGAAAAACUAAGUUACCUUACAACUGCUCGUCCUACUGCUGUUAACAUGAGCAAGUCCGCAAAAGAUUUAGUAAAACUGGUCGAUAAUUUAAUAGAGGAGAAACACCUACUGGAAAAAAUGAAAUCCAGGGUUUUGGAAACAAUUGAACAAAUGCUGCAUGAUGAUAUAACUGACAAUAAACAACUGUCAGAGUUUGGUGCUAAACAUAUUUUAUCAAACUCACAAUCGGAUAAAAUUACAAUCCUCACGCAUUGUAACACUGGUUCAUUGGCCACUGCUGGCUAUGGUACUGCAUUAGGUGUAGUUCGAGCUUUGCACGAAACAAGUAAUUUGGAAAUAGCUUACUGUACUGAAACGAGACCAUAUAAUCAAGGUGCAAGACUUACAGCUUAUGAGUUUGUUCAUGAUAACAUACCAUCUACUCUUAUAUGUGAUAGUAUGGUUGGCCUGCUGAUGGAUACUAAGGAAGUAUCAGGUUAGUUUGGUGUUGUAUAUUUGGAUUAUUGUCU